UUAAUAAAUUAAAAUUUCUCCGCCGGUGAGGAAAGAUGCUAAGUUCUGCUGGUGCAUCUGAACCGGGUACUGCAGUUGAUUUUUUCAAGCGGUAGCGUUAAGUUAACGGCAACGGAAUAAAAUGCGGAUUUUAAAUUUUUUUACGCUGUUCCUAUUCGGACCACUGCUGCUGGCCCGGGUCCAGGUCUCGGUCCUGGGCCAAAUGCAACAUGAAAACAUCAUACCAUUUAUGUUGCAAUUUUUGGCCGAUGGCCAAAGGGAUGAGAAUCUGGAGCAGUUCGAUGAGAGGAUGACUUUGCUCAAGGAAUACGAUUUCAUUGUGGUGGGUGCGGGAACGGCUGGCUGUGCUUUGGCAGCCCGCCUUUCCGAAAAUCCCCAAUGGAAGGUGUUGCUGCUGGAGGCAGGUGGCCCCGAGCUAUUGGUCAUGGAUGUACCGAUCUUUGCCCAUUUCCUGCAACUGAAUCGUGACAUAAACUGGGGUUAUCGCACCCAACCCUCUAAGGAUUAUUGUAUUGGCCUGAAAAACAAUCGUUGUAACUUCCCACGCGGCAAGGUCAUGGGUGGCUCCUCGGUUUUGAAUUACAUGAUGUAUACGCGCGGAAAUCGCCGCGACUAUGACACCUGGGCCGCCCUGGGCAAUGAGGGCUGGAGCUAUAAGGAUGUGUUGCCAUAUUUCAAGAAGCUAGAAGGAUCCAUGGUACCCGAAGCUGAUGCAGAAUACGUUGGGCGCCAGGGCCCAGUACGAGUUUCCUGCCCCAAACGCCACUCAAAGGUGGCUGAGGCCUUUGUCAAGGCCGGUCCCGAGGAUGGUACGGCCCGUUGUGAUUAUAAUGGCAAAAAGCAAUGCUGCUUCUCCUACAUCCAAACCACCACCAAUCAGGAGUUUCGCUGGAGUUCAAAUCGGGCCUAUUUGUAUCCGCUGAAGGGAAAACGCCCAAAUUUGCAUAUCCGAAAAAGAGCCCUGGUCACAGAGAUUCUCAUUGAUCCGGCCACCAAGACGGCGUAUGGGGUGAAAUUUGAACACAAUGGCCAAUCGUUUGUGGUCAAGGCCAGGCUGGAGGUCAUAUCCUCGGCGGGGGCCAUCAACACUCCCCAACUGCUAAUGUUGUCCGGUGUGGGACCGGCCAAACAUUUACGGGAGCUGGGUAUUCAACCCCUGGCCGAUUUGGCUGUGGGCUUUAAUCUCCAGGAUCACAUUGCCCCUGCCCUGACCUUCUACACGAAUGAGACCACCCUGAAGGUGGAACAGUUCUUCGAUGUCAAUGAAUUGCUGAAAAUGCAAAGCCAUGACAGCAUGCUUUCGGUGCCGGGUGGGGUGGAGGCAAUUGCCUUUUAUGAUUUGGAUCAUCCCAGUGAGGCGGAUGGCUGGCCCGAUAUUGAGCUAUUCCUUGUCAGUGGUGGUCUCCACACCAAUCCUGCCACUGUGAGGGCCUUUGGCGUACGCGAGGAUAUCUAUCAUAAAAUGUACGAUGACAUUGUGAAACAGGACACCGAUGUCUUUCUCAUCUUUCCCAUGAUCCUGCAGCCACGUAGCCGCGGGCGGAUCAUGCUCAAGAGCAAAGAUCCCAAGAAAUAUCCUCUCAUCUAUCCGAAUUAUUUCAAGGAUCCCUAUGAUUUGGACAUAGCCGUAAGGGGUCUACAAAAAUGCAUUGAACUGACCAAACAUCCUUCGAUGCGAAAAAUCAAUGCCCGCGUUCUGGACAAACCCAUACCGGAAUGUCAAAAAUAUGGUGACGUCACCUCCCGGGCAUAUUUGGAAUGUUAUGCCCGACAUUUUACCUUUACGAUUUAUCAUCAAUCGGGUACAGCGAAAAUGGGACCACGUUCCGAUCGCACCGCCGUUGUGGAUGAUCGCCUAAGGGUGCAUGGCAUUAAGAAUUUACGUGUCGUGGAUGCCAGUAUUAUGCCAAAGAUUGUGGCGGGCCACCCGAAUGGUCCCGUCUUUAUGAUUGCCGAAAAGGCAGCGGACAUGAUUAAACAGGAUCAUGGUUAUCAUGGGAGAUAAGAAAGAAUAAUUAAAAAUAAAAUAAUAAUUAAAAAAAAUUAAAAUAAAAAAAUUAUGUGAUGUGAUAAUCCGGUUUCCCAAAAUCGAGAUUUACAUAAAAAUCAGAAUUGAAAUGCCAAAAAAAGUAAUCAAAACAAAUUCCAGAAUCAUUUAAGUGCUCUUGUUCCCGCACCCGUUAUUUAUUUAUUUUUUUUUUUAUUGAAUUCAUUGGAUUAUUUGUGUGUUUGUUUUAGUUUUAGUACAAUUUAGUGCAUAAUUUAUUUAAAAUUAAUUAAAAAAAAAUAAUUGUUAUAAUUUAUUGUUAUUGCAUUGUUGCCAUGAAAAAGGGUCUCCAGGGCCAUUUUUUUGUAAAUA